AUGAUCGAGAGAAUAGACGUUAACAGAGAUGGGUGUGUGGAAAUCGACGAGUUUGGGGAGCUCUACCAGACGAUCAUGGAUGAGCGUGACGAGGAGGACGACAUGAGAGAGGCCUUCAACGUGUUUGAUCAAAACGACGACGACUUCAUCACCGCGGAAGAGUUGAGGACCGUUUUGUCUUCGCUCGGGUUGAAACAGGGAAGAAUGGUGAAGGAUUGCAAGAAGAUGAUCAUGAAGGUGGACGUCGAUGGAGAUGGGAUGGUCGAUUACAAAGAGUUCAAGCAAAUGAUGAAAAGGGGUGGCUUUAGUGCUCUCACUUGA